AUGAUAAAUGUGACGUCACGACAAACUGCUGCUUCAAUGGACAAAGCAAUGGAAGGUGGAUGGAAGCAGGGAACGUAUCUGUUUAGUGCGGAUGAUACCUGCGCACUGCCCCGGUUCACAUGGGAUGGCAUUACUGCGGAAACGUUCAACAAUCUUGUUGAACUUAGUUUGCCAUUUUUAGUGGUGAAUACUGAGCCGAUGCACAGCGUUCUGAGAAAGCUCUUCACUCGCGAAAACACGGACAAACUUUUCUCCACCGUUGAUCUUCUUACUGGUCACAUCCCCUAUGGUGAAGUGUUUGGUCUGUACGGAGGUAUGGCAACUGGGAAGGAGAUGUUGGAGUACAUCGACGGUCUCUGGAAAAAGUACGCCUUCACUGCACGUCAAUGGGAGAAGCAGGGUGGGCGCGCCAUGUUGGGUGACGAGCCACCUCUGUACAUCUUUGACUCGAGUAUUCUGCAGGAGACUUUCAACAAGUCUGGUUCAGGAUUCCCAUAUCCCCUUCCUGGAUUUCUACCUGAGUGGAGAAAGCAAGUUCAUCAGUUUAUUUGGGGUCCCCCAGGAUCUGGGUCACCAGUACAUUAUCACUGCCCGGCCUUGAACAUCAUGGCGUAUGGUCGCAAACGAUGGACGCUGUAUCCACCUGCCAGUGCUCAUUACAGCACUGUGCAUCCGCUACAUGUGCGAACAAGGCCGCAAACGCCCAGGUAUAAACCUGAGCCUCUGGCAUGUGUACAGUAUGCGGGAGAGAUGCUGUUCAUUCCCAAGCACUGGGCGCAUUCAACAGUCAACAUUGACCAAGCUAUUGGCAUUGCGGUCGAGUUCGAUUUGCCCUUCUGCUAGUUCAGCUGAACCGUCCGCUCCUACUACUUGGCUGGUUCACUUCGGGAUGGAUAAGUCGACCUGUUCUGCUCUUGCAGUCUCCCUUAUCAUUUGCUGGUGCACACAGGCAAAACACUAGAUACUGGCUGUGUCAGAUUUGACGUAGUACAUCAUAUCUAUUGGCUAGUUUGCAAUAAUUCAGCUUCUUUGUCAGCAUGCAGCUGGAGAUGGCUUGCUUCAUCAUAUUGCUGGAGAAACUUCUGCAAGUGGCCAAGCAGCUCCCGCUCCUCUCUGUCCUGGAAAGCUGUACGUGGACAAAUACUUCCCCUUCUUUGUUCAUGGAAGCUGUGUCAAUACCAAUACAGACAGUUUGUUACGGUCUGGCCCAAAUCCUCACACUUGUCGAAAUGAUCCUUCCGCGUGGCUGCUUCAUAUGAUUGAUUAUGAUAGUGUGGUUGCUGACUUGCAGGCAGGUACCAGCAAUCCAUGUUAUCAGAAACGAAACGGAAAAGGGCAUGACUGCCGGCCUCAGCAGGACUGGGCCGCUCCAUGUACUAACUUUGUUUUGUUUGUUAUUGUAUUGCAUAAGUCUUUAUGACUUUGUUGAUAUUACGCAUGCCUACUGUCCAUUCUCUCUACUCUCGCCGAUGCGCUUUGGCAUAAGGAAAGCUUUGGACUCCGCAUUCUGCUGGUUCUACCAAAUUUGAAAUUUUUCAGAAUUGUUUUCUAUCCAGUUCUUCCCACUCUAUGUCUAUUCCUGUCUAUUCCUCUGAAUAGUGAACUCUAACGAUAUUUUCUCAACCACGUGUUUUCAUAUUUAGGAUGACCCGAUAGUUGUAAAUGUGUGUGCUCAUUACAAACUGUUUGCACUUUU